AUGCCACCAAGCACAAGCUCAUGGAGAUCGCCAACUAUGUUGAUAAGGUGAGACCAGUUUUACCGAUCUUUGAACAUCCGGAUUGCUCUCGUGGGCUUGGAAGUGUGGACUCAUGGGAACAUGUGUGAAGUUUCAGAGAAUCCCUACUCUACCCUCUGGUCAUUUCUUAGUUGGAGGCGCAAGUUGCUUGCCCAGAAGAAACAUGACAAUGCACAAUUAAUCACGGGUAUGUCAUUCCACGGCACCACCAUUGGCCUGGCCCCCCUCAUGGCCAUGUGCUCCGUGUAUCAGUCUGGAGGUGUCAACAUGGACCACUCUGAGAAUGCUAUUGGUGUGGCUGCCACCAUGGCCCACGAGAUGGGCCACAACUUUGGUAUGAGCCAUGACUCUGCAGACUGCUGCUCAGCCAGUGCAGCUGAUGGCGGGUGCAUCAUGGCAGCUGCCACAGGACACCCCUUUCCCAGAGUGUUCAAUGGAUGCAACAGAAAGGAGCUGGACAGGUAUCUGCAGUCAGGCGGUGGAAUGUGUCUCUCCAACAUGCCGGACACCAGGACGCUGUAUGGGGGCCGGAGGUGCGGGAACGGGUACCUGGAAGAUGGGGAAGAAUGUGACUGUGGGGAUGAAGAGGAAUGCAACAACCCCUGCUGCAAUGCCUCCAAUUGUACCCUGCGGGAAGGAGCAGAGUGUGCCCAUGGCUCCUGCUGCCACCAGUGUAAGCUGCUGGCUCCUGGCACCCUAUGCCGUGAGCAGGCUCGGCAGUGCGACCUCCCGGAGUUCUGCACGGGCAAGUCUCCCCACUGCCCCACCAACUUCUACCAGAUGGACGGGACCCCCUGCGAGGGUGGCCAAGCCUACUGCUACAAUGGCAUGUGUCUUACCUACCAGGAGCAGUGCCAGCAGCUCUGGGGGCCUGGAGCCCGGCCUGCCCCUGAUCUCUGCUUUGAGAAAGUGAAUGUGGCAGGAGACACCUUUGGAAACUGUGGGAAGGACAUGAAUGGUGAACACAGGAAGUGCAACAUGAGAGAUGCCAAGUGUGGGAAGAUCCAGUGUCAGAGCUCCGAGGCCCGGCCCCUGGAGUCCAAUGCGGUGUCCAUCGACACCACCAUCAUCAUGAAUGGGAGACAGAUCCGAUGCCGGGGCACCCAUGUCUACCGAGGUCCUGAGGAGGAGGGUGACAUGCUGGAUCCAGGCUUGGUGAUGACUGGGACCAAGUGUGGCUACAACCAUAUUUGCUUUGAGGGGCAGUGCAGGAACACCUCCUUCUUUGAAACUGAAGGCUGCGGGAAAAAGUGCAAUGGUCACGGGGUCUGCAACAACAACCAGAACUGCCACUGCUGGCGGGGCUGGGCCCCACCUUUCUGCAACACACCUGGUCAAGGGGGCAGCAUUGACAGCGGGCCUAUGCCCCCCGAGGGUGCCGGUGCCGUGGUAGCCGGAGUGUUGGCAGCCAUCUGUGUGCUGGUGAUCCUGGGGCUGAUGUACUACUGCUAUAAACAGGACAGGCUGGGCCGACUCAAGCCUUCGGCUCUCCCCUCCAAGUUGAGGCAACAGUUCAGUUGUCCGUUCAGGGUGUCUCAGAACAGUGGAACUGGCCAUGCCAACCCAACUUUCAAGUUGCAGACGCCCCAGGGCAAGCGAAAGGUGACCAACACCCCUGAAACCCUACGGAAGCCAUCCCAGCCUCCUCCCCGGCCCCCUCCUGACUAUCUGCACAGCAGGUCCUCACCUGUGCCUUUGCCAGCACACCUGAGCAGGACUGCUAAGAGCUCCCCUGGGCCUGGGUCUCAAAUAGAGAGAAAGGAGUCAUCCAGGAGGCCUCCCCCAAGCCGGCCUGUGCCCCCGGCACCAAAUUCCAUCCCUUCCCAGGAUUUCUCCAGGCCUCGGCCACCCCAGAAAGCACUCCCGGCAAACCCAGUACCAGGCCGCCGCAUUCUGCCCAGGCCAGGUGGGGUUUCCUCGCUGUGGCCUCCUCCUGCUGCCUCUCAGCCGCCCCGACCUCUGGCAACAACUGCUCCAAAGUUUCCUGAAUACAAAUCACAGAGGGCUGGGGGGAUGACUAGCUCGAGAAUGACUAGGCCUAACUAAGAAAUUUCUGGACUCUGACAUGAAGACUCUGGACACCACAGAAUCCACAGCCACGGAAUCUGAAAGAAGCAUGUCUGGUCACCUCUGAGCUCCUGCUCUCCUCCUGGAACCACCACACUCCAAAAAUCUCUGCCUCUCUGGCUUCCUUAGAGGCCCAGCAGGACUACCAUCAAUGGCUUCUCAGUGGUGUUUAGUGCAAUAUAGCCCCGGGUAGAAAGGGGAGAGAGGAUGAAUGGCAGCUUCUCCCUCCAUCCUCCGAGCAUAGAAGUGCCUCUGGAGGUGGUGGAGGCUGUCUGGGUUGGCCAAUCCAGCUGGGAAAAGUCCUGUUUGGCCUCUCAGCCCAGGGAUUAUCUUGGAGAAGCCAUCCACCUGUGUCCGUUAGUGGAGGAUACGCCUGAGAGCUUCCCAUUGCUUCUGUCUCCCUUGAAGGUCUGGUCUAGACAGAGGCUGGAUAUCUUCUCACCUCUCUCAGCGUUUAGGGAUUGAGGAUGGGCCAAACCUGCCAUUGCUGUGGCCCUACCCAGGCCGUGGUUGAUGUGAUGGCUCCUUGCUAUGUGGUGUGAUGAGCCAAGUAUUUUCCCACUGCCCCCCAAGACCCCAAUUCCCCUUAUUCAUAUGGGUCACACUGACUCAGUCAGGUACUAUUUGUAGACCAUGUAGACAGCAGGGGGAGCACCAGGCUUGGGCCUCCUCUGAGCCAUGAUGCCAAAGGUUGCGACUCUUGAGACUCUUGACUCUUGGGAAUUCUUGGUUUAUUUUGUUUUCUCUUCUGCACUCUCCUGGUACCCCCGGCUUUUCCCUUUCCUUCCCCUCUCAGACUCCUCUAAAAUGUGGUGCUCCUGUGAGGGGACCUGCAGCAGUCCUGACUCCCUGGUGCCUGGUGCUUAUGACCUACAGGUCAGGCCCUGCCUCAGGGCUUGACCUCUGGAUGUCCUACAUUGGACCUCAAGAGUGUUGAGCCAAGUAGACUUGAGGCAUGGCCAUGGGGUGGUAUCGUUGUUUCUUUUUGUGUUUUAUGACCUUAGCAGGCUAGGGGUCUUCUUCCUUCCUGGCCUAGGUCUAGGCGUGGUCCCCCAGGGAUGGUAGUGGGUAUAUUGAAGGGAACAGACAUCUUAGGAACUUUGGCUCCUAAAGAGUAUACACAUGGAGUCAGCCUGUAUCUAGAGGUCUGGUCACUGACUUGAGGCAGGGCCACUGGUUAGAACUACUUCUAACCACGGCAACUGUCAGGUUCCUGGAGAAGGCAGACAUCCACAGCCAUGUUGGAAUGGAGUCUAGUUACCCCACAAUCAGGCUUGUGAUCAUCCACUUCCUUUUGUUCUCUCCUGGUCACUGCCCUUACCUGACCCUCACGAAAAGAAAGCUCUAAGCAGAUGGGGGGACUGGACUCCAUUGAGUCCCAUUCGCCCUGCAGAAGGGAAGGGGACCUUGUGGUGCUCUGCUAGAUGGGACGGUUCUUACAAAGCAGCUGGAGAUGUUCUCUGAGAGACUGUCUCCCACCCCAGAAAGGUGCUGUGUGGCUCUCCAGAGGGAGCUGGCCUGAUAUUCACUCCUUUGAGGAUUUCCAGGGGCCUCCUCACCUCCUGCAACGAGCAGUUGUUCGCUCUUGAAAAACCUCAGUGCAAGGAGAAGGCUGAGUUCUGACUCUUCGCCCACCACCCCAGGGCCUCCUUCGAGUUCUCCGCACACAGUAGGUGCUUCAUAGUCAUUCUUGGGUUAGUAGAUGAGUGGGAGGUAGGAGGCGUAUACCUGGGGACAAACAUGGGGUGGAUUUAGAAAGAUCUCAGGGAAAUGAGUUUCUCUUCCCUCGGGCGGCUGUGGUCUGUGUGCCCUGUCUGCCGGACACGGCCAUCCUUGCUCUCCAUAGCCAUUGCCUUCCUUCCUUUCUGCCUGCUUACGUCAGAAGAGGGUCUCCCAUUUAAAUGUGCUACCCCACAUUUCCUCAUGCCUCAAGUCUGGUCCCAUAAAAGCAAAGAUGAAAAAUACCCCCUGCAAAAAAGAAAAAAAAAAAAAAAGUCCUUUAACACAACCCCGGUCCUCAUGGAUGUUUCUGGUGUCUGGGGCUUACGCAGCCUUCCUCCCCCGCAUCAAGAGGUAAACGGCUCUGAAGUGACAAUGCCACAACCAUUGUGCUGCAGGAGCCUUCCCAACCUGCGAUCCCCCCUUUUUUUUUCAUAAGAGACCUGGGUUGUUGUUUUCUUGCUUUUAUGUUUGUUUCUGUUUCUGUUUUGUUUUGUUUCAUCGUUAUUUUAAUACGACCUCCAUCCACAAACGUACUGUGAACUGGAAGAUGGUGGAAUUCAAAAAGAUUUGAUAGAAACGUUGGGUGGCAGUUUCUAUUUACCAUUUCCUUCCCGGCUCCUGUGUUUGCUCUCAUGUUCCCGCACACUGGGGAGGCUGCCCAGGAGGAGGACCGGCCAUUAUGCACCCCCUUUUCUCUCCUGUACCCAACAUACUGCUUUGAGGUGUCAGAUGCAAAUCAACCUGGACUUAGGGCAGGAAGAGACUUUAUUCCAAAGAAUCACUGCAAGAAUAGCAAUGGGAAUUUUAUAAACAGGAACGGCAGGGAACGACUGUAACAGGGCAGACUCUCAGAGCGACCUCCCCAAGGUUAGCGUUAGGGUCUCAAAGCCCAGGCAGAAAUGGUCUUUCUUUUAUUGGAAGGAAUAAACGUGGCUGCCAAGCACCACAUUCAGGGGAUGUCUUUGCGCCCAGCCUUUGUGGAUCCUGGGUUGGGGGGGCCUCUGUGCAGGUUCAGACUGAUGCAAGGUCAAAGUCCAGAGUCUGCUGGGGAGGCAGGAAGCUUAAGUUUGAGCCAAUGAGUAAAGCACUUUGUUCAGAUGGAGACUUCUGUAAACCUUUUCGAAAGCUAAAUUAACCUCGGGCCAGUAUCACAGUCCUGGGAUGUGUUGUUAAGGGCCUUGGCGCCAUCUCUGGAAUGUAAACUUCAUGGUAGGAUAGCACCCCCUGUCUCCUAGGCCCUAGAAGUUUCGGCUUGGGCACCUGGCUCCAAGGGGUCACUACCUGCUUGCUGUAGGUUCCCUUUGGCCUUGUUGAUUUCUCCCUCUAGAAGAAAAACCGUGUUCUGCCCCAGUUCUGAGCUGCUUGUAGAUCGAAAGGUCUGAGACAGUUGCGGAGUCGUGGUCACAGUGUCCACUGUAUUGCAAUAGUCUCUUGCUCCUCUUGCAGUAGCUCCUUACUAUCUCUUGCAAUAAUCCUUUGGAAUAAAAUCUCCUCUUACCUCUGUCCUAAUUUGUUCUUAUUUGACAGAGGAUAUAGAAGAUUUCUAUUUUUCAAUUUGGAAACCACUUCUAAAGUUGUAAUUGUGUUAAAUGUGCAUUUAGCAGCUCUGCUGGACAUUCCAAGAAAGCCAAGAGAAUGUCAACUGGAAAGGUACCCCUGCCUCUAUGGAAGCCUGCUAAGGAGAGGUUCUGCUGAAGCCAAGCCCAGCACCCCUAACAUCCCCCACUCUGCAUCCUCCCACACCAUCCACUGUGUGUACGUGUGUGUCUGGGAUCCAGGGAAUGUGAAUUUUCUUUUUAUCUGGGAGAUUGUUCACAGAAAACAGAUCCUCUUCUCUCUUGUCCACUUAUUAAUUGUUUACAAUAUUUGUACAUCUAUGCAAAAUACUUGAAUAGGCCAUGGUGCCUUUUUUCCUUGUUUGUAUUUAAUUAAAGUGUAUUGUUUGUCAUUUGGAAUGUUA